AGUAGUGGUGGUCAUAAUUCGUGAUGACUGGGGACAUUAUAGCAGGGUCACAGGCUAAAAUCCAUAGUCUGGAGCACCCACGGAACACCUGGCUGAACGGUCGUCUUGGCCUCGUUGAGGAGGUGCAGGAAGACGGCUUCGUUGUGUUCACUCUCAAGGAGCUGCAUCCUCAUCGAGGUAGCCUCCCGGAAGCCGAACCGCAACGUAUUCGACUGCACUCUCGGAAUUUGGAACCCUUCGCUGGUCCACAAACGGAGUUGGCGAUGGAGGGCGAUUUGGAAAUCCAUCAAGGAUGCAAGGCGCGGAUCACUGGUCUGGUGAAACACAGCGGAUUCAAUGGCGUAGAAUGUAUAGUGGAUAAGUGGCAUAUGGACAAGGAAAGGUGGAUAGUACGUCUGCAAGGGUCUCCUGACAAGCGAGUACUUGUACGUGAGCGCAAUCUACAGCUUGUGGACGGUCUCAAGAACGAAGACAAAGUUGCCAGCGAGGUCCUGAAACCCCAGUUCUGGAAAGAUGCAGUGCCAGACCCAUCUGAUCCACGUUCUCUUAUCGGUCGCUACGUUAAAAGGACCUUUAGUGGUACUCCCGUGUAUGGGAAGAUCCUCCGAUGGUAUGGCCCUCGUCUGGGUUUCUUCAUCCGAUAUGAAGACGGCGAAAGCGAGCACUGCUCGGUCAGUGCUGUGAGACGCAUCAUCAUCCGGAGUCAAACUCCGGAUAUCUCUCUGCAAGACCGACGGCUGGCUGAUCGGAAAAUUGGAGAAUACCCAUCGAGUCCGUCAUCAAGCUCAUCAUCAGAAUCAGGAGAGGGACACUCUAGUACGGCACGGAAACGACGGUUGAGGUCGCCUCCCAUAGCGAGGCCUAAGGUGCUGCGAAAGCUCUCGACAACUGAGCGUGUCCCUAGAGCUGGGCAAUGGGUGGACCGUGACGACCUCCCAGCCAAGUCCGUGUAUGACUUGGUCAGUGAUGGGCCGAUCGAUAGACCCUUGUUGUUGUAUAAUCCACUGUUCAUUAAACAUAAUGGUGGGGCUCAGGACAAGCACGGCAGAUGGGUACGCAGUAUCAAACGAGUGUUGCAGACUCGAAAACGUUAUAUCGUGCCAGACUGUAAGGAAUCUCUAUGGGACUCCUGUGCAUGGGCGGACAGUGUGUCCAGUCCUGUCACCAUCCCUGAUGUCCUCGUUACUAACAUACACUCUAAACGCUACCUCCAUGAUUUGGUUUCUAUUGAUAAUUAUCUACAACAACAAGUGGAGCUCAAAGACAAGCCUCUAGAGGAAAUAGCCGACAGUGAGCUCCCUGUCGUAGAUUUGUGCUCUAAACGUUGCGCCAGACUUGUCGGAAGAGCACUCACAUUAUGGCCAGGGGAAUGCUGUAUGGAUCCCUAUACUCUAAAGGCCGCCCUCCUCCGUUGUGGUAUGAUGCGGGAUGCCCUUGUGGCGGUCCUCUCUGGUAGUGUCCCUACAGCGUUUGUCCUGGCUCGUCCGGCAUGCCAUCAUGUACCAUAUCGUGUGAAAUCGGAAGAUAUCCACAUCGAAGAUGACAUGCCCGAAUUGAACGUCGUCGUCGAGUCGCCCGCCAUCAAGUUCAUGAACUCGCCACAGAACAAGGGUGCUAGAACUGCAGAGGGUGUGUCCAUCGCUGGGAUAUGUGAAGGGUGUCGAGAGCAAGCUGAUAACGAUUACAUGCUCAAUUGUGACCGGGAGGGCUGCAGUAAGAGUUGGCAUGUAUACUGCCUCCCCGACCCUCUGCCGAAAUCCAUCCUAAAGAGGCCGGAGUUCAUGUCUAGAAAUUGGUACUGUCCAGCUUGUCUGGAGGCUCCUGGGCUCAUCAAGCCGCAGGAAGCUGAUGAGAUGAGAGCAUUCGUGGCCUCGUUAGUGGAGAACUCUGUGGAUGAAUCGGUGAUUCCCGGCAUGAACCUAGCGAGCUCAGAACUGGAUGAUGAUGCUGUGGAUUCCGACAUUGCUCAGUCGGACAUGUCCGAGAACGCCCCCUUGAUGGGUUCUGCCAUGAACAUCAAGCCUGGUGACGAGGUGAUCCAUACCCGUCGCCGUUAUAGUCGAGACCUUCCUUUGCGUAGUUGUCUCUGGGCUUCUGUUUCGUCAACGCCGUUGCAUACGCCAUUAAGGUGGCGCAAGCGGCGGCGGUCCACGAGGGCCGUAGAAUUAAAUUUGCGAUACUAGACGUCGACGUCCAUCAUGGUAACGGUAACGAGUCUGCUUUCUAUCGAGAUGCGGACGUCUUGCACAUGUCAAUCCAUCGAUGGGGUAAAUCCCGAGAUGGUGGUAUCAUCAUGCCGGGCACGGGGGCCCAUACGGACCUUGGUCGGCAAGCAUCUGGUGCCCGUGGGAUGAACCUCAAUUUCGAAAUGCGAGAAGGCGAUGGUGAUAGGGAAUACACUGAUGUGGUGACCCAGAUCACUCGCCCGGUCCUGGAGCAAUGGAAGCCCGAUAUAUUAGUAGGGUCCAGGUCUGCAAGGAGACUUUUGAACCUUCGUCGUGGCUCAGUUGUUGCUAUGUGGUUUCGAUGCGCUCGACCAUUCACAGUCACAAUUCAAGUUCCAGGGGCCGGGGAUGGACUGUCGCUUGUCACCCGAUUGGUGAGUAGACCUUCCUACAAUGGCGAGACGUUCCACUAUCAUCAGGUAUGGAUGGUUGUAUCCAUAUGUGGCCUCCUGCCUCGACCACGGUAAAGUAAUAUGCUGCGCGGAAGGAGGGUGAGUUCCCCAUGCCCAGUAGCCUCCACCAGCCACGUCUAGAUAUGAUCCGAAGAUGACCGGUCCGGCCGGGGGUAGUCUAGUCCGCAGCAUUCUGGACUAUACUGAAGCUACACGUAAUGCGGAAGAUCUAGAUAAAGCUCGUCGAGCAGCGCUGGAGUCUCUACCGAAGUGUCUCAAGCCCAUAACGGACUGGGUAAGAUGCUCCUCCCUCGUCGGCGCUGAUGCUGGACGUGCUGAAUUCUGUGUGGUUUCGGGUGGGGAAGCCCCGGCGUCAUAUAGACCCUUCAGGGAAUGUAUUGUUUCGGCUUAUGAUGAUUGCCUUUGCAUCUCUGCAGGGACGACAGCAAGUUUGGCUACGACAUCUCCAUACCAGAAAAGUGGUGUUCCAUGAAGCUGGCUGGGCUGGCAUUGACACCGAAGAGACUCUGCCUCCUCGUUCAACGGUGCCGAAAGCUUCCAACGAUCAACUGUAGAAAUGUUUUCAU